AGUUUGAAUAUUUUCAUGUUCUGAGGUACUAUAGGAGCUGUCAAGAAUUGUAAUCUUAAGUAUUGCAUAGCAAAGAAACAUACAUGUUCCUAUUUGCCAUUUUAAUUGGGAAACAGACAUGCUAGAUUCCUGAUCAAUCAUGGCGAAGCUCUUUAAGAGGCAGAAGUGGAGCUGUGACUGAAGCGGAUUCUCCUGGGAUCUGUAGUGGAACAGGAGGAGGGGAGGGCAUCACAUGGGAAGCAGUCAGGCUGCUGUCACAUGGUUUGUGUUUGCAAGUUCAGUUAAAGUGGAGGAGGAGUUUGCACAGAAGUUUGAGAAAGAGGAACAACUGCAGCAUUUUUUAUGUGGCCUUUCAACAAGUUCAAACACUGAACCAUAAAGUGUGGAGGUGCUGCUUUUGAUCAAAAAACUCAACAUUAUUAUGGAAAUCCCUGCAAUAAACUUAAAGGCGAUAGUGCUGGCACACUGGCUGCUCACUGUGUGGGGCAGCAUGGUCCUCCUUCCCUCAUCUUAUGCAUGGGGUAACUUCACUGUUUUAGCAGUUGGAGUCUGGGCGAUUGCACAGAGGGACUCCAUUGAUGCUGUUCUCAUGUUUCUUAUGGGAAUGGCUGUCACGAUAAUGACCGAUAUUGUCCAUUUUGGGAUCUUUUAUCCACGUCAGACGCUUGUGGCCGCACUUGGCUUUUCCACAGGCAUGGCUAUCCUCAGCCUGCUGCUUAAACCCGUUUCCUGUUUCUUUGUCUACCAAAUGUACCGUGAACGAGGAGGAGAUUACAACGUCAACUUCGGUUUCCCAACUGUAUCUCGAAAUAGAGACACCUAUCAGUCCAUCGACCAGCAGGAUGAAUCUUCAGGUCCAACAAAUCCCUUCAACCAGGCCCCAGACACCAAACCAGGAGUCUGCACUUAUUGAGAAAAGUACAUAAUUAAAAAUGCAAUCUGUUUUAGAUUCUCAUGUUGUAGAUGCAGAUUUAUAAAGUCCUUUAAGAUCGAUUUAAAAUAGUAUUGCAGGGUCACUGAGCUAAGCCAAUUGAAAUAAUCUGUUUGGGUUUUAUAGUGAAAUAUUACAUUUUAGCUGAGGUUCUGAAAGAUUUCUGCUUCAGUGCCACAAAAGAAUAUAAUUGGACGACAAGCCAUGAUUUACAAUAAUCCUCAGAAGCAGGUCUCUGAUUCUUUUAGCAGAACAGUGUUGGAUAAGUAAGUUUUUGACUUGCAGUCAAAACUUUUCUGAAGCUUGAAAACAUGUCAAAAACAAAUAUAUAUAUAUAGGUUUACAGACACUAAUUUGGCUUUUUUUAAAAUGUACAUUCAAGACUUCAUACCCAAUACUGAAUUGAAAUAAGUUUUCAUAAAGAUGAGUCGGAUAUUCAUUUCUUCACAGAUGGGUAGUUUUGUUUGUGUGUGUGUAUGUAGUUGCCAAGAAAACACACCAUUAUGUCUACAUUGAAAAUGACCACAUAUCAUUGGUGUGAUGGUUCCAACACGUUCAUUUUAAACACUGAGCUAACUCAAUAAUGGUCUCAUUGAUCUUUCACUUAUUCCCUUAAAAGUGAAGAGUUUCUAACCUGCUUUCAAAAAUGCUGUCAUGAAACGACACUUCAUCUUAGAAUACCAAUUACUUGCAGACCACAUACUGUGGAGUAUCUCAUAUAUGCUGAUGGGUUAUGUGAAUUUCCCCACAAAUAAUAAAUUAUGUCAUAGAGACUCAUGCUCAAGAAAAAAUGUAUUUUUUUCCCUCAUUGAAAGUGUGUUUUAUGCACUGUGUUUUUGUUGUUUUUUUUUCCGUUUUCAUGUCUGUCAGAGGUUUUCCUGUUGUAAACCUGACGUCUGCCUCAGAAUGGGGACGUUGUAACUGCUGAUCAUGUUUCAGGUGUGAAACUGUCAGUCCUCAGAUAAACUGGGUCAAACCUUU